CAAAGAAGCUAAAAAGGGCAAAGAACCCAAGGAAGGCAAAGGCGAGGAAGAAGCGAGGGUUUUCAAAGGGUUUAAGGAGCUGAAGAAAGCAGCCAAGGCGGCAACGGAGGUGGAGAAAGCGUGGGAGGUGUACCGGCAGAUGAAGCAGUUCGCCGAGCUGGUGCCGUCCCGAGGGAUACAGGAGGAGCUAUGGGGCGUGCUGACCCAGCGCUGCAGCCAGGGGCGGCACAUAAGCUCGCCGUGGGCAAGCGGCAGCUCCAAGCCGACGAAACAGCAGGGCUCAAGCUCACCCAGGAGCAGCGGCAGUUGCUGUCAGGGGUCAUCCUGGCGGGCGCUGAUGUGAGUAGUGAUGAUGGGGCCAUGACGGCGGGGGUGCGGUUUGCAGUGGAGGCGGGGGAUGAAAGGAAGGAGAGGGUGCUGGAGCAUCUGUAUGAGAUGUUUGGGGAGUGGGCUGCUGGGCCGAUUGUUGAAGAGGAGCAAGGGGCAGAGAGCUGUCAGGUUCUCGGGCCCCUCGGCCCAAUUCCUCUGGAAAUUCAUGGAGCCUUUUGU